CAGAGGGAGCUCCGCGGAGGGGCCGUCUGACUAAACGGGACUGGCUGGGACUAGUUCUGAGGCGUGAUUUGGAAAGAUAACGCUACAUACCGGAAGCCCAGGGAACGUCUUCCUGGCUGAAAACAAAAACACCACGGAGAGAGCUAAAAUCACGGGACAGACACAAUUCAAACUACAACAUGGAGCUGACAGCAGCGGGGCGGUCUGUAAUCGCUCGCAGCCGUCGAGUGUAGCUCUCCCGGGUCACAGCAGCGGCGGCACCUCGGGGCGCGCUGGAGCCACGGGGAAUCUUUGUUCGCGUUUUUUUUUCAUGGGACACAACCGGGCUUCCCGACCGCUUUGUCGUUGUUUUACCGCCGUGACAGCAUCCACCUCGGCUGGUGACGACUGGCCACCGAGGCGGCCGUAUCUUAUGGACUCCUAACAGUAGUUUUUUGGCUUUUCUGACGGUUUGACGGACGCGGCAGUCAUGUUUGCGGUGCGAAUCGUCACCGCAGACUUCUAUCUGGCAAGUCCCAUUAAGGACCUGGACGUGUGCUAUUCUGAAUUCAGGGAGAGCGACGUGAAGAAAGUGCCAGUGGUGCGGAUAUUUGGAGCAACACCGGCAGGCCAGAAGACGUGUCUCCACCUUCAUGGCGUGUUCCCCUACAUCUACGUGCCAUACGAUGGGUACGGCCAACAAUCAGAGCGCUACCUGCGGCAGGUGGCCUUCAGCAUCGACAGGGCCCUUAACGUUGCCAUGGGAAACCCCGCCUCCAGCAUCCAGCACGUCUUCAAGGUGGUGCUGGUCUCUGGCAUGCCUUUCUAUGGCUACCAUGCUAAGGAGAAGCACUUUAUGAAGAUCUAUCUGUACAAUCCUCAGAUGGUCAAAAGGGUGUGUGAGCUGUUACAAAGCGGAGCAGUGAUGAACAAGAGCUACCAGCCCCACGAGGGCCACAUCCCCUACCUGCUGCAGCUCUUCAUAGACUACAAUCUGUACGGCAUGAACAUGGUGAACUUGGCGGCCGUCAAGUUCCGCAGGGGCCCGAAUAAAGAAGACGCACCAGCGGCCCCAGACAGGGAAAGUCCCAGCAGUCGGCCCAGCAUCAGCCCCUGGAAGAGCCCCAUCACCUCCAAACUCAACGACAGCACCCUGGGGGGCACAUUUGUCCGCUGGGAGGAGAACGCCAUACCCUGCUCUUUGGUCCUGGAUGAGGUGCAGAAGCAGAGCACCUGUGAGCUGGAGGUUGAUGCUGUGGCUGUGGAUGUUCUCAACCGCAUGGAGAUUGAAAAUCAGAUCGGCAGGAACCCCGGCCUGCAGGCCAUCUGGGAGGACGAGAAGCAGAGGAGGAGAGAGAAGAACCAGGCCUCCCAGAUAGAAACACCUGAGUCACAAGAUCGCGGGUUUGUCACUUCGACAGAGAGCGAGAAAAUCUUCAUGAGGAGAUUUAAGGAGAUCCUGAAGGAGAACGAGUUUGACGUGACACAAAGUUCGUCUGUUGUUGACGGUGAGGACCAAGAGGAUCUCCUGAGUGCAUUGACUCUCCAUUCUGUCCCCCUGACCGCCGAGGGACUGCCGUGUACCCCCGCUAACGCUGUGGAAGUGCACAGGAACUCCCAGCCAGACUCUGUGAGGAGCAGUGGUAAAGUCCCAGAGGAGGCCGUUGUUGACGAGGAGGCCAUCUUGAGUCUCCUGGAGAACAGUCAGACCUUCCUCCCGCUCUCCCAGACGUCCAGCCACUCGCCGCUGUUAGACAGCAGCCAAGACCAAGCCAUCAUCGAUUUGCUGGCAGGGCUGGAGAACGAUGGUUUCUGCAGGACCCCCAUCAGGCAGAACUCCCAAUCCCAGUCCGUCCCUGGUGCCAGUAACUACCAUUGCAACAGUGAUGAGGAGGAGGAGGGGCCCGAGCUGGACAAGGUGGAGGCAGAGCUCAGCGUGAUCAUGUCCCAGCGGUGGGACAGCGAGGCUCCUGAGAACUCACCAAUGCCAAGGCCCGGUGUGAAAGAACCAGAGGACUGCUUCAGUGACGAGCAGCAGGAGUCCUCUGACGAAGACAUGGAGUGGAGUGGGAAUAACUCUCUGUUCGCCAACCUGUCCAUCCCGCAGCUCGACGGGGCCGCAGACGAGAGCAGCGAUUCCUCUUUAACAGAUAGUGGCUCCAGGACCCAGUCCUCUGUCAUAGUUACAGAAAAGAUGCUUGGGAAAAGGAAUCCCUUCUCCGGGGAGACGGUUCACCUGGAGCCACCUUCCUCAGCUAAGAUCCUCCUUGAGUGCAAGCACCCCGAGCACAGACCAGUUCAUGUGCUGGACACGGAGCAACCAAUUGACAAGCACUUUCGAUCCAAAAGCAGCCAGGACAGCAGUAGUGAAUGUUCAACAGGUUUCAAGUUUAAUAAAGAAAUCCCCUACAUCCUACCAGUCAAACAUCCCAUCCCGUGCAAGUUACCCAGUCACCCUGAGGUGUCUCCCAUCUGCGUAGACAAACAGGACAUAAGACCCCUGUACACCUAUGACAAGAAAACCUCCAGAGCUUUGGAUAAGACAGACCUAGAAGGUUUCCCAUUUGGUAACGGAAAGGUCACCAAAAAUGGGAAGAAGUACGGCAGCAUAAAGAAUGUAGAAACAAACUGUCUGUCAAUUCUACAGAACCACAGGACCUUCUCUCUUUGUUACUCCGAGCUGAGAAACUGCUCAGCUAAGACGGAGCUGGAACUGAGCCAGAAGGACAGUAAAAGCCCCAUCCUGAGGAACAUUUCCUCAGCCCCAUCACCUAUGGUGGAGGAUGAGUUUCUUGAUCCUCAGGGGGAAGAAAUAGGCCAGGACAGUGAGGAGGGAGAUGUUGGUGAACUCAAAAUCAGGUACGAGGACUAUCAGGAAAAUAAGACAGAGAGGACCAUAGUGGCCCAACAGGAAGCGCACUACAAGUUCUUCCCCAGCGUCAUCCUCUCAAACUGCCUCAAUCGGAAGAAAGCUGGGAGCAAAAAGCUGUCUGAUCCCUGCAGCAAGCUCGAACAGGCCCAACCUCGUAGAUCAAGGCUAAAAUUGUAUAAGAAAAGGUUAGGUAUGUCAGGACAGAGGAGCAAAGUAAGCAUAGUCGAAAGCUCUACCUCUGACAGCCAGGAUAGCACUGGCCUCACCUCAACUACACCAGUGACUGCUGACACAGAGAUGCCAGCUUUGGAGGAUAAGCCAGUAGAAGAAGCUGAGCCAAUUAAAGAUUGGUCAGUCAAAAAAGGAGGGUCAAUCACAAAAGAGGAGCCAGAAAGUGAGGAGAUGUCUGUAAAUGAACAGACAGAACCACUUUCAGAGCCCUCUGCCAACAUGGUUUCCAGUUCUUCUGAAGAAGCUAAAGAGUCAGUGGAGGAUAGGUUAAGCCCAUUACAUGAAUUGUCAGCUAAAGUCACCUGUACUAAACCUUCAACACUGCCCGGUAGUAAAUACUCCCUGAGGGUCAAACGGAAGAUGAUCUAUGACAGUGAAGAUGGAGAAUACUCAGGUGCUACUCGUUCUAAAAACCAAGCCUCUGUCAAAGAUCGGCUCAAGGAGGCUAAUGUCCCCAGUGGACAGGAAGUAAAGGGCCAGAAACGACGCAAGAAGGAACCCCCAAUCAUCAUCAAGUACAUUAUCAUCAACAGGUUCAAAGGACAGAAGAACAUGCUGGUGAAGAUGUCCAAAGUGGAUGUGGAGGAGCAGUCGGUCUUACUGACGCCAAACAAGCUUGAGCAGUACAAUAAACUAGCACCUCUUAAGGAUUUUUGGCCCAAGGUGCCAGAAUCCACUGCUGUCAAGUUUCCCGUUACUGAGCCAAAGGCCAAAAAACACCCCAAAAGAAAGGCAAAGGUCAACUCCACAAAUAAGAAAACAGUAGGCAACUCCUCCAAACCUCGGGUCAGACAGGGUGAAAAGGCCAAAAGGACUAAUGGUUGUCAGAGAGGCCCAAUAUUACCCUCUCUGCCGCCCCCCCGGCCAUGUUACUGUGAGCUUGUUGAUGACCACGACACUGAGUACACAGAUGUCAUGGUAGAGUUGGGCUACCUCUCUGAUAGACCCCCAAGCCCGAUUAACUCCACACCUCCUCGAUGUUGGUCCCCGAGUGACCCUCUUAUGGACACUAAGAGUUCAGAACAGCUGAUAAACCCACUCAGUGACCCGUGUCUUAGUUCUGCUUUUCACACGUCACACACAGUGUCUUCAACCAAAGGAAUACGGAAUAAGUGUCAAACUGCCAAACCUAAGAAAUCCACAGACACUAAACACAAAGUAAGUAAGCCUGUUAGUAAGCCUCAGAAGGAAGAGGAACCCAAAAAAAUGAAACCAAGACAAAGGAAUGAAGCUGCUCCAAAGCAGAAGAAGAAAGCUAAAGAUACAGCCGAAAGUACUGUUAGCACUCCUUCAACCACCACAAAACCUAGCAAGUCUCGCAAAAAGAAGACAGAGGAACCCAAAAGCCAUGACUUAAGUAAUGAGAGCUCCCAGCUCCUAUUCCCAGAGGAUGAGCUACCUCCUUCCGAGAGUUCCUCACAAGACAUCCCACCGUUUCAGCAGCCAGUCAGCACAGAUGGAUCCGGCCAGGGCAGUUGUCAGCCAACAUCUACAUCAGACUCUAACUCAGUAGCCCAGUCUGUAGAACCAAAGGCUGAGGACUGUGAGACUUCCAUCAUGGAGGUCAACCAAGGCUUUUCAGCACCGGCUCAGAUGAAACAGCAAGGUUGCCAGACCACUGUGGUGAAAGCAGAGGCUUCACAAGAGGAGUGCACAACUCCUCCAGCUCCUCUAACUGGUAGACCCUUACUAAAAGACCGUAAAGACUCCCAGUUAGAAGCAGGCUCCCCACCCUCAGGCCCUAAGAACGGGGAGAUCCCUACUCUCUCUGAGACCCCUUCUGGCUUGGCUGUCCUCAAGCAGCUUCUCCAGAAGAGGCAGCAAGGACAGGCCCUUCCUCUACAAGUGGUCGGUACAGACAGCCACUCCACUGCCAUAGCUCAGGCCGCAGCACUACUGGAUCCCACUGUUAAACCAGCUAAAUCCAGAAAAGCUCCCUCUACCACUUCACGGAAGCCCAGGGCCCCAAAAUCUGCCACUCCCAAGGAUAAAAAGCCCAGAAUCAGGAAAGGCAAGACGAGCAGCACUCAGCCAAAUCUCUCAGUGAAGCAGGAGGGCUACUUGUCAGAUGACUGCCCCAUCUUCCUGUCAGAACCAGGCAUGGACAACUGCAACUUCAUAGAGGACAGCUUGUCACCAGAGCUCCCGCACAACUACACCUUUGAUAUAAACGCCAUAGAUCAGACCGAGUUCUCCAGCCCAUACAGCGGCAGUCAGUUUGUCCUGACUGAUAAAAAUUUACCAGUGAAGUUCCUGAGUGAUGUCAGCCAAGAAGCUGUGUCUGCUCAGGCACUUGGCUUAGAGAAGAAACCUGAUAGGCUGCUUGAUUCUGGGGAGGAGCUUCAAAAAGGUUCUGACUGGCACAAAGCAAGGCCUGCCAGCCCUGACCUCUUUGAUCGACCUGAGAACGGCGAGUCUGUAUCAAAUCACCUCACAUUCCUUGACUCUGAGAAAAUCAAGAGCAGAGAGUGGGACUUCUCUUUAGGCAAAACCCAUACACUCAGCCCCUUCCAAGACUUUCACUGUGAGAGAAAAGAGCUGCUCUUUUCCGUCUUCGACCCAGUCCAACCUUUGCCUUUAAGCUCUGCGUCAUUCGUCGAACAUGAGGGCUCCCCAACAGGGGAGCUUCUGGACGGCAUUGAUGGACUGACAUCCACCACACCCAGUAGCUCCCCACGUUCCAUAAGCUCACUAUCCCAGGUGAGGGCAAGCCAGCUGCUGCGGGGAGCAGGAGGUGGAGCCCAUGUUCUUAAGCCUCUCAUGUCCCCUCCAAGCCGGGAGGAGAUCCUCAGCACUCUGCUGGACCUGGAGAUGUCAGAGGCCACCUUCCAGGAGCCCUUCUGCAGCAACCCCUCUGAUGCACCAGGGAAACCAAUGGAGGUUGGCGGCCGUAAGUUAACAGUGCGUACCAGGCUGGCUAAGGAGCUUGCGGAGUUCAGUGGUGAUCUGUCUUUGGAGGGCCUCCAUUUCUGGAAGACGGCCUUCUCAGCCAUGACGCACCCUGCAGUCACUAUUACUUCAUCUUCCCAAGCCCGGGGAGCUGAGGCCUCAGAGGCAAAUAAAGAGGCCGAGCUUGACUCGUCCUCAGCCAGUGACAAGAAGGUCAUUCUCCUGCCCUGCAAGAACCCACCCAGCAGAGAGCGCGUGCAGCUGUGGCUGGAAGCCAGGAAACAGUACGAGAGUUUACAGAAAGGACUGCUGAAGAAGGGAAGGGUCGGACCGGAUAUGGAGGGGAACUCAGAAAGAACUGAGCAGACAGCUGCUUCCAGCUGUCCUGCAGUGAAGGUUGAGCUUUGCGAGAGACUCUCCAGCAUCAGGACGCAAAGGAGAAAGAAAUGCAAUCUGUCCUUAAUCAUACCUCCCCUGGACAAUACAGUCUGUAAAUCCACAGAGCUGAGUCCAGUUUCAGAUGAAGGCAGUGUGGAUACUGAGCAGGAGGGUGGAAGAAAACAUGAUGAUGUUGAUGAUGAUGAUGAUGAUGAUAAAAGCACCUCUCCAGAGUCCCCAGAAUUGCCUCCCUGGCAGGAGUCCUGUCAGCCCAGCCCCUCGGGGCCCGACCGACUCAGCGAAAACAGGCAAAGUGAAAACUCUCCAGAACCACUGUCACCGAGGCUCUCUAACUCCACGGAGAGAUUAGGGCAGAAUCUCAGUCCCUUGCUCCUCCAUGCCAGUAACAAGGAAGAAGGAAGGACGAGUCCCCAUCUCCUCCACAGCACCCCCUUUUUAAGAAGGAGACGGAGAAGCAGGGAGGAUCUGGAGCCAGUAUGCAGCACGCCCAUAUCUGAGGAGGAUCCAGUUUCCCAGAGACUCCAGCAGAGGAGGAGAAGCCAAGCGGACCCUUUGAGACGAGUGUUACUGACCACACAGAUGAAGAACCAGUUUGCUGCUUUGAAUGUGCCAAAGAAAGAAAACUCUCAGAUCGAAGGGCCCAGCAUAGCCAACUCUUACGGCUUCAAGAUCAGCAUGCAAAACCUGCAGGAUGCCAAAGCUCUGCAUGAGGUCCAGUACCUAACACUGAUGGGCAUGGAGCUCCAUGCAAGGACCAGGCGUGACCUUGAGCCUGACCCCGAGUUUGACCCCAUAUGUGCCUUAUUCUAUUGCCUCAGUUCUGAUGCUCCCCUGCCAGACGUCGAUGGCACCCAGCUGACGGGUGCCAUCGUGGUGGACAAAGACCAUCAAAGUUGUGACCAAGGUCACAGAGAAACGGCGCCCCUGCUGGUCAGGUCAGGCGUCUCUGGGCUGCAGGUGACAUACACCGCUGAUGAGAAGAUGCUGUUUCAGGAGCUCAUCACCAUCAUGAGGAGGUUUGACCCAGACAUCCUGGUGGGUUACGAGGUGCAGAUGCGUUCUUGGGGCUACCUCCUCCAGCGGGCUGCAGCGCUCGGAAUGGACCUGUGUCAGCAGCUGUCACGAGUGCCAGGUGACUCCAAAGAGAACCGCUUCGCUGCAGACAGGGAUGAGUACGGAGCCGACACCAUGACAGAGAUCAACAUCAUCGGACGCAUCACCCUCAACCUGUGGAGGGUGAUGAAGACCGAGGCGGCGUUGAACAACUACAGUUUUGAGAACGUGGCCUUCCAUGUCCUCCACCAGCGCUUCCCCCUGUACAGCCCCCGCACACUGUCAGACUGGUUUGACCACAACACCCACCUCUACAGGUGGAAGAUGGUUGACCACUACGUGAGUCGCGUGCGCGGCACCAUGCAGCUUUUACAGCAGAAUGACAUCAUCGGCAGAACCAGCGAGCUGGCCAGAUUAUUUGGGAUUCAGUUCUUUCACGUUCUGACCCGAGGAUCACAGUACCGCGUUGAGUCCAUGAUGCUGCGUGUGGCCAAGCCGCUGAACUACAUCCCAGUGACCCCCAGCAUCCAGCAGCGAGCUCAGCAGAGGGCGCCGCAGUGCAUUCCCCUGGUGAUGGAGCCGGAGUCUCGUUUCUACAGUAACUCAGUUAUUGUUCUGGACUUCCAGUCGCUCUACCCCUCCAUUGUCAUCGCGUACAACUACUGCUUCUCCACCUGCCUCGGACACGUGGACAGCCUGGGAACGCCCGAUGAGUUUAAGUUCGGCUGCACGUCCCUACGAGUUCCUCCCGAGCUCCUCUACCAGCUCCGCAAUGACAUCACCGUGUCACCCAACGGCAUCGCUUUCGUCAAGUCGUCGGUGCGUAAAGGGGUCCUGCCCAGCAUGCUGGAGGAGAUCCUGAACACGAGGAUCAUGGUGAAGCAGUCGAUGAAAAACUACAAGCAGGACAAAGCCCUGAUGAAGCUGCUGGACGCCCGGCAGCUCGGACUCAAGCUCAUCGCCAACGUCACCUUCGGCUACGCCGCCGCCAACUACUCUGGACGCAUGCCCAGCGUGGAGGUCGGAGACAGCAUCGUCCACAAAGCCAGAGAGACCCUGGAGAGAGCCAUCAAGCUGGUCAAUGACACUAAGAAAUGGGGAGCGCGCGUCGUGUACGGAGACACCGACAGCAUGUUUGUUUUGCUGAAGGGAGCCACCAAAGAGCAGGCCUUCAAGAUCGGCAACGAGAUCGCUGAGGCGGUCACCGCAACCAACCCCAAACCAGUCAAGCUCAAGUUUGAGAAGGUGUACCUGCCCUGCGUGCUGCAGACAAAGAAGCGUUACGUGGGCUACAUGUACGAGAGCCUUGACCAAAAGGAGCCCGUGUUUGACGCCAAAGGGAUCGAAACGGUGCGCCGCGAUGGCUGCCCCGCUGUUUCCAAGAUUCUGGAGCGUUCCAUUAAGCUUCUGUUUGAGACUCGGGACAUCAGCCAGGUGAAGCAGUUUGUGCAGCAUCAGUGUGUAAAGGUUCUGGACGGCCGGGCCAGCAUGCAGGACCUGACCUUCGCCAAGGAGUACCGGGGCAGCGGCUCGUACAGACCCGGAGCCUGCGUGCCCGCCCUGGAGCUCUCCAGGCGUAUGAUGGCGUAUGACCGUCGCCUGGAGCCCCGUGUUGGUGAGCGCGUGCCCUACGUGAUCGUGUACGGGAUGCCCGGCGUGCCCCUCAUCCAGCUGGUGCGUCGUCCCAUGGAGGUGCUGCAGGACCCCGGGCUCCGCCUCAACGCCACCUACUACAUCACCAAGCAGAUCCUGCCGCCGCUGGCCCGCAUGUUCCAGCUGAUCGGAGUGGACGUGUUCAGCUGGUACCAGGAGCUCCCCAGGAUCCAGAAGGCGUCCUGCUCCUCAGCGGCAGGAGGAGAGGAGAUGGGGAGGAAGGGAACCAUUUCCCAGUAUUUCACCACGCUUCACUGCCCCGUGUGUGACGAGCUGACCCAGCUGGGCGUGUGCUCGCGGUGCCGCGCUGAGCCCCAGAGAGUCGCAGUCACACUCUACCAGGACAUGAGACAGUGGGAGAGUCAGCAAGACCAGCUGCUGAAGAUCUGUAGGAACUGUAGCGGCUGUGCAGAGCGCCACGUGCCCUGCGUGUCUCUGGACUGUCCCGUCCUCUACAAGCUGUCCCGGGUCAACAGACAGCUCUCCAAGGCCCCCUACCUCCGACAGUUGCUGGAGCAGUUCUGAUUGGCUCUCGAACCCCCGGAGCUCCCCCCUGCUGAUUUGGUGCUAAUCCUUGCCCCGUUCCCCCCCACCCCCAUCUCAGUGUUUGAUUGUCCACUCAGUUGUAAUAGUUUAAAUGGUGCUUCAAUUGAACCCCGUUGGGUUUUCAUUCUGUCUUGUAAGUGUUCUUCGUUCUACAAGUAUUUCUCUGCGUGUGCAGGCCGUCUGGUUCGAGCCUCCUGUGGGGCUCAUGUGCGUCCUCAUGCUUGUUUGCUGCCAUCUCCAUUAGCUGCUAUGGGCUGAGUGAAGCUGCUGUCCACACGAGACGCAGCGACAGACUGCCUGUCAUGGAACUGAGCGCAGUCCAAUCAAGGAUGACGUGUUGUAUCUCGCGCUGUAGCAGUUUGAAGUUUUUAAGGAGCUCCUUAGAAAAACUCAAGACAAACAAUUCAAACCACUAAUUGACUUUUCUUCAUUUUUAUAUCAACUGCAGUCUUUUUGUAAAUAGCUCCUGUAUAGCUCCAUCUGUAAUCUCACUGUGCAUUAAAAAAAAAAAAAAAACUAAAGCUCCGGCCAUGAAUGCAAUCAAAACAGUUUUUAUGCAUUCUGUUACAGGAUGCCAUUUCUCAUUUUUCUUUUAACCUUGAUUGUAUUGACAUUCAUUUUGGCAGAUUUCACACUCCUUCUACAGAGUGUGGCGACUGGAAACUCUUUCAGUUUUUCUAAAAAAAAAAAUCUGGGACUGUUGCAAUACUGUAUUUUGAUAAUUUAUGUCAUGAAGAGUCUAUUGUUUCCUUGUGCAUAUAUGGUUUUGUGGACUGUGCAAAAGAAAAUCUGUCAUCAAACCAUGUCCAGAUCCAAUCUUCAAUUCCCCAUCCAGCCGUACACAGGAUCUGUGUAUUUGUAUAAAUGUACAAAAUAAUAAUGAAGGAGGUGUUUUUUGUUUCUUUUUAAUGGACAUUGCUGUGGGUGGAGGUUUGAGAUUGAUAUAAUAAAAAGUCAAUGUAUUAAAA